AUGUCGUUAUCUCCUUUAUCAAGCAAUAUUCAUAUUCAAAAUUUUGAAGACAGAUAUGCAAAUCACUUUGAAAAUUCAUCAGAUAACCACAUUUUGAAAGAUGAUACUUUGAAAGAUGAUACUUUGAAAGAUGAUACUUUGAAAGAUAAUACUUUGAAAGAUUAUACAUGA